UACCUGAAGAAAUAUUAAGAAGGGAUAUCGAUGCUAGAGAAAGGUUUUUGAAAAACUUCAAGGAAGAAAAUGUAAAAAUGUUUCGCGCCAGAGGCAUGAUAGUUGGAUGUGCAGGUGCAGGAAAAACAACUCUUCUUAGAAAGCUUCAUGGAGGAGGUAUAACAGAUGAAGAUGAACCCACUGAGACAACUAUCGGCCUUGAGGUCCAUGAAGAUUUAUUUAUUAUUAAGGAAAACAAGUUAACAGAUUUUGCGAAUGUUGACAACAGUAGAAAUCCAUAUCUUGACAACAACGUAAUAAGCAUGACAGACUUCGCAGGACAAGUGGCGUACUACGCAUGUCACCAGGUUUACCUCUCAAGAAGAGCAUUUUAUAUCGUGGUUGUCGACAUGUCUAAGAAGCUUGAUGAAGAAAGUCGAAUGUACGACACAGAUCGCCAUUAUCCAACAGGAUCUUUAUUUCACUCAUGGACUUAUGGAGACUACUUUCACUUUUGGCUGCAAACUAUAAACACUUAUUGCAAUGAUGGAAUAACACAAAAGGAUCCGAAUCACACAACAGUAAUCAAAGACUCCAGAGCGAAUGUCAAUUUUCAACCGGUAAUUCUUGUUGCCACCCAUAAAGACAAGCUGGGCACAAUUUUGCACACAUCGGAUACAUUUUACAGUCACCUAGAAGCGAGUUUAUCUAACGAACAAGCGUUGAAAAGGAUCCUAUCGCCAUUCCGAUAUUUUGAAGUAGAAUGUCCACCAAAAGAAUUGACUUGUAAUCAGCAAAGCUCAAUUAACUUUGUUAAGAAAUGUAUUGUGGAAACUGUACAACAGCUGCCACAGUGGGGAGAAAAGAUCCCUUUAAAAUGGUUUGAAUUGGAGAGAAUUCUUAAUCAGAAGAAAUCAAAUGGAGAUAGAAUUUUAAAGAGGAAUGAACUGAAAGAAACAGUAAAAACUUUUUCUAUGGACGAAAAUGACUUAAAUGAUGUUCUCCAUUUUUUACACGAAAUAGGAAAAAUCAUUUAUAUUUCUGUGGAUAAGCUCAAGGAAACUAUUAUCAUUGAUGUUCAGUGGUUUGUUGAUGCAUUCAAGUAUAUCAUAACUGACGAAAAGCAUUUUGCUAGGAUAGACAACAAGAACCCACUCGUCAAUACCGGGAAAAUUACUGGACAGUACAUUGAGGAGAUAUGGAAACGUACCGUAGACAAUCAUGUACAUUGUUUUGAUAAGAAAGUUACUAUUAAAACCGAUAAACAUCCUGAUUCCUUAUGGCAAUCUUACUUAAAUCAUAAAGAUGAAAUUCUACAGUACAUGGACAAACUUGGCCUGAUGACAAGAAUUGAAGGACAUGUAGGAGCUAACAAUGAGGAGGAGAUGUAUUACAUUCCGAGCAUGAACCGAACCGACCUUUCCGAUGACAGUAAAGAUGAAAUCAAAGGACAACAAAAAUCAGCUAUGAUGGUGUACUUUUUUAAGUCCUAUCUGCCCCAUUUUUUCUUCUUUCGAUUGGUGGUAAGUUGUUUAAAGAAAUGGAAAGUUUGCGAUGAAAAUUCUUUUUUUAAAAACGCUGCACUUUACAAGGCAGAAGAAGCUGGUCAUUAUUUUGCCAUCGCCGUCAGCAAAACAUCCAUACAGUUGCAAAUUUUUACACGUGAUGAAACCGUGAAACUGGGUGAAGAAUGCGUCAAGAAAAUCAGACAAACAGUGGAAGACUUUAUAAAGGAAAUAACAGAAACCUUUCACAAGGAAAUUAUCUAUGAUAUUGGUUUUUCAUGUAGCGACAUAAAAAUUACAGAUGAAGACGAAGAAUUCUUUUUGAAAGGGACAGACAUUAAACAAGAAAUUGGAAAUUUGAAUGAAAUAACUUGUCCAAAACAUUUUAUAGGUAAUACCAAACACAAAAUAGAUGCAGGUAAAAUACGUGUGUGUUUGUUGGAGAGAAAGUCAACUUCAUUUUCAAGUGACAAUUAGAAAGUUUUUUUUCAAACCUGCAAAACUUUCAUUAUAUUUUGAAAAAAGGUGUUGCGCUUCUGUACAUAAAACGUUAAUUCCCAAGGGACAAAAAAAGAAAAAAAAAUAGAUACACAAUUAUAGCUUGAUAAAGUAUAUACUUACGUUAUAUACAGUGUAUCUCUAAAUUUGAUACUUUGUCUUUACGUACAACUUUAUUAUAUUGUUUAACAUGUAUGCGAUAAGAAUCUUCCUUUAUUUAAUUUUUUUCUUUUGUUAUUGUUCUUUUUGACAGGAUAUAUUAGCAUGGUAACCAUAACCCAAAGAAAUAAAAUUAUCUUUACCCGGUUUAUGUUUGUGGCUUGAGAUCCUUCAAUCUGAACGAGUUUUAGAAUAUUAAUAUGGCUGUGUCUUUUUAGGUGCAUUAACAUUUUUAUGAGUGCACAUGUUAGUGAUCAAUUCAUUACAGAGAGAUGCAUUGUGUUCUGUUGGUUGCAUUAACUUUUAUGAGUGUAUAUGUUUGUGAUCAAUGAUUACAGAUAGUUGCCUUUAAGUCAUAUGACGUUUUGUGAUGCAAUGGUGUUGUCUAAAUUGGUACGGUCAGGCUUUAUAUACAUUAUUUCUCU